UCAUUUUCUCCCACGACCGUCUUUCAUCCAUCACCUUCCCAAAAACCGCCACCCCCAAAGGCGGCUUCCGCCGCUCCGUGACUCACCCAAACCGCCAUUCACCGUGCCCCCAUAAACAAAAUCAAGGACAAGAGAGAAACAGGGAGAGCUCUUCAAGCAACUGAUUGAAAAAUAAAAUGGGGUGUGGGAAUUUAUUCUUCACGCUGAUUAUAACGGCGGUGACGGCUUCCGACUCGGUUUACAACACUUGGCAGUGUCGGGUCAUGUAUUACUGGUUCAAGAAGCAUAAGAACGGACCCGGUUCAGAAAUGGGUGGGUUCACUCGGAUCUUGCAUUCUGGUAAACCCGACAAGUACACGGAUGAGAUUCCCACUUUCAUUGCUCAGCCUUUACCUGCUGGAAUGGAUCAGGGUUAUAUAGUACUGAACAGACCCUGGGCAUUUGUGCAGUGGCUUCAAAAGGCAGACAUCAAAGAGGAUUACGUACUGAUGGCAGAGCCAGACCACAUCAUUGUGAAGCCUAUACCAAAUUUGUCGAAAGAUGGGCUUGGCGCUGCGUUUCCUUUCUUCUACAUAGAACCGAAGAAGUAUGAGUCGGUUCUGAGAAAGUAUUUUCCUGAGGAAAAGGGUCCAGUAACCAGUAUUGACCCCAUAGGAAAUUCUCCUGUUAUUGUUGGGAAGGAUUCUCUCAAAAAAAUUGCUCCAACUUGGAUGAAUGUGUCAUUGGCAAUGAAGAAAGAUCCUGAAACAGAUAAAGCUUUUGGCUGGGUGCUUGAAAUGUAUGCUUAUGCUGUUUCCUCUGCAUUGCAUGGUGUGGGUAACAUCCUAUACAAAGAUUUCAUGAUCCAGCCUCCUUGGGAUACAGAGAUCGGCAACAAGUUCAUCAUUCAUUACACAUAUGGGUGUGAUUAUGAUUUGAAGGGUAGGUUAACCUACGGAAAGAUUGGCGAAUGGAGGUUUGAUAAAAGAUCGUUCGAUACCGUACCACCACCGAGAGACCUUCCCCUGCCUCCACCUGGGGUUCCUGAAAGUGUGGUAACUCUGGUGAAAAUGGUAAAUGAAGCCACCUCAAGCAUCCCAAAUUGGGGUUCAUAGAAGGCAAAAAAGGUCAGCCUGCAAAUUGCAAGAUAUAGGCAAAAUGCCUCCCUUAAGUUGUCAGCUUAGGCACUUGGGUCCAUAGGAGAAAGAAAGGGGGUGUUUGGUUACAUAUUUAUGUUUAUUCUGGUAAAGCUAAGAUUGGGAUUAAGGUUUACCUGAUGAGC